AUGACUUCGGUCACGAUAUCAUACGACUUCACCCUCUCUCGCUAUCACGCGGCAGCGUGGUCAGUCGUUGGCAUUGCGGCUGGAUACGGCAUCUACACAAUCUGGGCAACAAACUUGAGCAGACCGGUAACCAAUCUUCACAGAAGGGGCGCUGUGCACCGAACACGAAGACAAGCCGUGGAGUCCAUGGAGAUACUGAAUCCGACACCUGAUGCGCCCUUAGGCCAGAUUAUUCUCCAUGAGGGUGAGGAGAGCUAUACCAUUAGGUUGGGCCUGGACGACUUUCCAACACAGUCGCACUUAAAUAUCGGGACGGAUAGGUACCAUGAGAUUCAAGGAAUGGCAGUUGAAAUGACGCUUCAAGCAUGCUUUUCGGCAAUCCAUGACGCUACUCUGUGGGCCCAGUUCAACAACGAGCUCCGCCUCGGCGACUUUCUGAGGGCUCUGUCUGACAGGGACGAAGCAUUGUUGUUGGGACUUACACCUCAUCUAGCGUCUCGACUUGGCAUGUCCGACACCGCCAUGUCCAUCGCACGGGUCCAGGCCGCUACAUCUGUAUUCCUGGUAUCACCGAGCUGGGCUGCCUUUGAGGCCGCAUCACCAGUGGACUCUACAGCUGAUGAUCCUGCUGAGACGGAGGAAGAUCCCGACGCAUUGUCGAACUCGAGACGAGAGCCAGGUCAAGGACUACGCAGCUUACUGUACUACGUUGCGGAGGAUAAUGUGAAACGCAAAGCAUAUGAGCAUCGAGGAAUCAUUUGUGAGGAAUGCGGAGAGCAGUAUAUUCGGGGUGUACGCUGGCACUGCUUAAACUGCCCAAACUAUGACCUGUGUUCUGCCUGCGAGCGGACGACUGUACACCCUAGAACACACGUCUUUGCCAAGAUCAAGAUCCCUCUGCCAGUUCUGUCCCAACCUACCAAGCCUUACACGUUGUGGUAUCCUGGAGAUCCUCGAAAAGUCCAUGGUUCACUCGACCCGAAUCUGAAGAAACGCCUUUGCCAAGAAUCCGAAUUUGAUGAACAUCAGCUGGACGCUCUCUACGAUCAAUUCACAUGCCUCACAAAUGUGCCAUACCCCCAAGGUGACGAAUUUCCAUCCUCUGGCGUCAAGGCAGCAAUCGAUCGCCGUGCUUUCAACAAGGCUCUGACCUCGGAGAGGUGGACCAACAGGUUUGCGCCCAAUGCCAUCUACGACCGCAUGUUCGCAUUCUACGACACCGAUAGGAAGGGUUUCAUAGGCUUCGAAGACUUUGUCAGUGGCCUCGCAUACCUCCGAGGACCGAGGCGAUUCGCUUCGCUAGAUCGAGCCGCCAGAGGCUUCGAUCUCGACGAUGAUGGCUACGUCGACAGGAAGGACAUGCUACGACUGCUGGAGGCUAAAUUUGCCAUCAAUCAGCAACUUGUGCGAGACGUUGUGGAAAGCCAAGAAUUGGAGCAGACUCACAAGGGAAUGGACACACUGCGAUCGAGUCAGCCAAUCAGUUCCAUCUUCGCCGAGGAAACUGUACCACCUGGCGAAAACAGACCGGUCCAUGGCAAAGCUCCUGACGCAUACGGUGAUAUGCAGCCUUUGCACGGCGCGAAGACCAUUCUUGAUGACGAUGAUCCCUGGCAGAAGUCGGCACCACGACCACACGAGCAGCUUCGAGGUCACUUCUCUCGCUUCGAUGAACUGAUAUCUCCGAGUCCGGAGGUCGAUGGCACCGCCGAGUCAUCGAGCGACGCGGCACUUCGCGCGCCUCAAGUGAUCAACGUCAAUACGCUCCAUGAUGACACCGAAGAACCUCAUAUUGCAGAUGCAUUGUGGCAAGUCACGCAGGAGGGUCUCAACGAGCUGCUUAACCGCCUUUUCGAUAUCAGGGAUGAUGAAGAUCGAGUGGUCGAAGAGACUAAGGCAGGCCGCACCAAGUGGCGUGCGGAGAUUGAUCGCCUGCUCGAAGCCUCACUUGAUAAAUCUGGCCCUACGACACUCAAGCUCGAUGACUCGAGCAGCAAUCGUCCAACUUCAGCCAGUACGCCGAUAUUCACCGACGAGAUCAUUCCAACAGAUAACGACGCACUAGCACGUCGCGAGCGCGCCCUCUCCAGUAGAUCAGUUGAGGAGUUGCUCUCGGAUAGCGGCUACAGCAUACAAGACGACACUGAGCCACCAACUCGCUCCGCAAAGCCAUCUCAUUUACGCAAUGAGAUCCUCCAAGAAGAAUACGAGUAUCUCACACCCAAUGGAACAGGCGACAAUACGCCUCCAAGCGCACAGCUUCUGUACUGGGGCAACGUCGUCGAUAUGCACGAGAGGGCGAUACAGGAACGUGGAGGACCUGGCCGCCUGAGCUAUGCGGAGAUUGAGACCAUUGUGGUUGAUGAUGACAGUGGCGAGCUCAGAGGCCUUGUUAAGAGCUGGCUGGAGUGGGCUGCGUUUUGA